CGCAACGUUGGCCGGGCGGAUAAAACUGAUCUGGCAACGGCCGCGGCAUUUGUUUAACUAAUUGUUGUUGCUCUCGACGCGUGUGCUGCGGGCCAAGAUUGUGCGUGGUUUGAAAAAAUUAUCAAAAAAGAAAAAUCAUCAAAGGGAAAUUUGUGAAAUGCCAAGCAUUUCGUGAUUGAAAAGUUACACUGAAAUGAUUAAAAGUGUGUGUUAAAUGCUGUGUAUUGAAUACAUUUAUCAAGAGUCAAAACGAGAAGAAACAUAUCCCAAACACUUUGGAGUUUGCUGCGAUUUAAUUGCCCUGCCAACAACAUUUUUGACUGGGCGGAAAAUGGAAAACUGAAAGCGGAGAACUCGAAACAGAGAACGGGACACCCAAAACAAAGUCGACCUGAAGUAAGAUGUCAGCAGCAUUAGUGCAGAAAGCGUCGCCCGAAACUCAAAUCAACAAUUUGGAGGAGCAAUCAACGGAAGUGGGCGUGGCACAGUUGGCAACCAUAUCGCUGCUGCUGCAAUACGAUAUCGACAACACGCUGAAUGCUCUCAAGGAGCACCAGAAGAUGACCCUCGACGCUCGCCUGGGCAUGCCCGAAAUGCCCAUAGUUCUUAACAAUAACCAGGACGCCGCCGCCGUCAACAAGGACAAAGACAUAAACCGGAACAUGCCCGGCAGUCCCAGCAACGAGCUGGAGGAUAUGGAACAGAUGGCGCUGGACGGCAAAGUGGCAUCGAAUCCCUUUAUGCCGCCCACUCCGCCGGCCACGCCCAACCUCCAGAGUACCGCCCAGAAACGCUGGAAGAUCCUGGCCAAGGUGCUGCGCAAGGACUCCGAGGAGACAGUGUCGUCGUCCAGCGACGAGUUUGCCGAGGAGCAGACCGCCUCCGUGCGCCGCUUCAAGAGCUUCGACCUGCUGCGCCAGGACAGCUUCGAGGAUCACGUGAGCCUCAAGUGCUUGGGCAAGACGGAGAACUGGUACAAGUACCGCAUGGCGCUGGAGAACGACCUGGAGUACUCGGUGAACAUCCACCACAUGGAGCGCCAGCUGACGGCCAGCGAUCUGAUGGGCUUCAACAACACGGGCAACAUUUGUGUGUGGCCCUCGGAGGAGGCCCUGACCGCUCUGGUCCUGUCCGAGGUGUCGUCGUACCGCGGCAAGUGGAUUCUGGAGCUGGGCGGCGGCUUCACCUCGCUGGCGGGCCUGAUGCUGGCCAAGUACGCCACUCCCUAUGCCGUGCACCUGACCGACGGCAACGAGAUCUCCGUGGAGAAUGUCAGGAAGACGGUCUGCCUCAACGAGCUGAGCUGCUACACCAAGUGCUCGGUGCUCAAGUGGCAGGAGAAGGGCGCCCGGUCGCAGGCGGAGCAGGCCAAGUUCGACUUCAUUCUCUGCGCCGACUGCCUGUUCUUCGACGAGGCCCGCUCGGCGCUGGUGGACACCAUCUGGUAUUACCUGGCGCCUCAGGGUUCGGCUCUCAUCAUGGCCCCGCGCCGCGGACGCACUCUGAGCGUGUUCCAGGACGAGUGCGUGGCCAGGGGCUUCCGCGUGGAGCUGGCCACGAGGUACAACGAGACCAUCUGGCAGCGGCAUCUCCAGCUGAAGGCGGACUCCGCCCUUUACGACGAGGACCUGCACUAUCCGCUGCUCCUGCGGCUGUGCAAGGAGCACAGCUAGGAGAAGCUGCCGUAGGUGCAAUUACAUUUUAAAAUAUAGUCAAUGUUUUAGUUGAUAGCAAGCAAAUUCCAGUUUACACCUUAAACAACAGCGAGGCCAACGGCAGGCCUCGGCGAACAAAAAGAAAUUCCUCCCACACACCGAAACGGAAAUGUAGCAAAUCAAAUUCAUUAGGCUGGUGCUAAAAUUAACGUGAAAUGUACAAAGCCAACACACAUUUUGGUUAUAAAUUGAUCCGCUUUAUUGGUUGGCAAAAAAACACGAUUAGAAAAACAGAGAGUUCAGUGAGAGAAUUCCAGGUUUUAAAUAUUUAAUUUUUAGUUUAUUGGUUGAACAAUUGAAUUAUCAUUCCAUCUGAAAGCGAAAUUAAAUCGACUUGAAAACGAAAGGCUUCUGCGAGAGCAUUCAUAAAAAUGUUUCAAUAAUUUGGUUACAAAUUGAAUUAUUAAAUUCGAUUGGGAAUAUCUUAAUUAUGGUAUUAUUUUGCUAUAUUUUCUUUUGUUUUAGAUUAGAGAUAUGUAAGAGCUGCACACUGUAAUCCACUUAAAUAAGCAACAACUGUAUUUUAACGUAAAUAAGGGCAUUGGAGAAUGAAGAUAAUGGUUAACCAAAACUAUACAUUUUCUGUUGUCCAUAUUCGUAGUAAAGUAAAAUGGAUAAUGCAGUGAUUUGGGAGUGUUUUUUGCAUCAAAAUCGAUAAUACUCAAGGGGACAUUUCUAUGAAACUACAUACAUAAUCACAGCUUUAAGGCACCAGUCUAGUGACCACCUUUAGCACGUAGUUCACUGUUAAGUUGUGUAACAAAAACAAUUCCUUUGAUAUGUAAAUCUGAUUUGCGUUGAUUCCACAAAACACAAACACAAACAAGUUUUGUAACUUUUUUUUUUUUUUUUUACAAAUACUCCUCGUUAUGUAUGUGUAGUAACCUCUAUGCCACAACCACACCCACACACACACACACAAGUAUUAUUUAAAUUUAAUGUACACGCUGACUAGCAUACUUUUGGGCAGAGAGAGAGAGAACACCCUCAACCGGAGGCAAAUGAGUUUCCCGAAGCCAUAAACCAAGCAAAAGGAACGUGGCCAGCGCUCGACCAAUUAAUUAAUAGUUAACUUAACUUAGUAUACUGUAAUAACAUAGAGCAUGUGUUAAUUGUUAUAUGACGAUGACAUAAAUACAGUAUCAGAAUGCCAUA